CACGGAUAUAGCUGCACAGACCUCAACCCACCCAACCCGAGAGAGGCGAAAACUCUUGCACAAAACUUUCAACGAAAACGUGGGGAGCUUCUUCAGAGAUCUGGCAGAGGCACAGGGGUCCCUCCGCUUUCCUCCUCUCCAAACCUUGAACAGAGGAGACUGAAGACCUGUCUCCUUCAUUCCUCACUCUCUUUCUCAUCCUCUUUCUUCCUCUCUUUCUCUCUCAGUAUGGCAGCCUGGGACCUGUUAGUCACAGUGGAGGACCUGGGGCCUGAUGCCCCACCUGUCAACCUCAGUGUGACCUCUGAACUCCACGUCGGAGGGGUCAUCCUCAAGCUGGUGGAAAAGACACAGAUCCAGCAGGAUUGGUCGGACCAUGUCCUGUGGUGGGAGCAGAAGCAGCGGUGGCUGCUGCGGACGUCCUGGACUCUGGAGAAAUAUGGCAUUCAUGCUGAUGCUCGGCUGAUUUUCAUGCCUCAGCACAAGCCCCUGAAGCUGGGUCUGCCCAACGGCAUCACCCUGAGGCUGAAGGCCUGCUUCUCUAGCCCUGUCUUCCAGACCGUGAUGGGCAUCUGCAAGAUGCUCAACAUCCGUCACCCUGAGGAGCUCUCCCUCCUUCGGCCUGUAGAGGAGAAAAAGAAGAAGAAAGACAAAAACUCAACAGAGGAGAUCUACGACCUGAGCGAGGUGCCCCUCUCCUCAGUGUCCCGGCCUUGUCUGUACAACAGCAUGCCAGCUCACUUUGCUGACUCACCUCAGAUGGAGGCUAUCUACAAGAUGCUGUCAGUUACUCAGCCUCCCCCCGCCCCAGAAGUCAUAGCCAAGCAGUACCGCCCAGCCAGCGUGGUAGACAAGGCCCAUAUCAAUGGCAGGUGGUUGGACUCAUCCCAUUGUCUUCUGCAGCAGGGCAUCCAAGAAAAUGAUCGACUCUGGCUUCGCUUCAAAUACUUUGCCUUCCAUGACAUAGAACCCAAGUACGAUGUUGUGCGUCUGACCCAACUUUAUGAGCAGGCUCGCUGGAACCUCCUGCUGGAGGACAUCGACUGCACAGAGGAGGAGAUGAUGCUGUUUGGAGCUCUGCAGUACCACAUCAGUAAGGUGUCUCAGUCCGAGCCCCAGAUGUUGAGCUCCAGUGCAGCCAUGGAUGACCUGGAAUCAGCCCUGCAGUGUCUAGAAGUCAAGAUGGAUGGAGACAGCAGCUCUGCAUCCGAUCUGCUGGAAAACAUGACUGCACCAGAACUCAAUGACUAUCUGAAGAUAUUCAGGCCAAAGAGGUUGACGCUGAAGGGAUACAAACAAUACUGGUUCAAGUUCCAGGAUACAUCCAUCUCUUAUUUCAAGAGCAAAGAGGAGAGCAUCGGAGAGCCCAUCCAACAGAUAAACCUCAAAGGGUGUGAAGUGGCUCCAGACGUUAACAUGGCCGCACAAAAGUUCCAGAUCAGACUCCUGAUACCAGCGCCUGAGGGCAUGAAUGAGGUCUAUCUGCGCUGUGAAAACAAGCAGCAGUAUGCUCAGUGGAUGGCUGCAUGUCGACUGGCCUCCAAAUGCAUGAGUCUCGCAGACAGCAGUUUCCAGAGUGAAAUACAGAGCAUCCACACUUUCCUGGAAAUGCAGCAAACCAACACUGGUUCCAACAGUAACGCACCUGCCAACGAUGAAAGCAUCAAUACCCACAGUCUGGUAUCACCACGCUACCACAAGAAGUACAAAACAAAACAGCUGACCCCUCGUAUCCUGGACGCAUACCAGAACGUGGCUCAGCUCUCGCUGAAUGAUGCAGUGAUGCGCUUCCUGCAGAUCUGGCAGGCUCUUCCUGACUUUGGUCUCUCAUACUUCGUUGUCAGGUUCAAAGGUAGCCGAAAAGACGAGGUAAUGGGCAUCGCCCCAAACCGCCUAAUCCGCAUUGACCUGGGAGUGGGUGAUGUGGUCAAGACGUGGCGUUACAACAACAUGAAGCAGUGGAACGUCAACUGGGACAUACGACAGAUGGCCAUCGAGUUUGAAGGCAACGUCAACAUUGCGUUCAGCUGCGUGACUGCCGACUGUAAAAUCGUUCAUGAGUUUAUUGGAGGCUACAUUUUCAUGUCAACACGCAGUCGUGAGAAGAGCGACACGCUCAAUGAGGAACUCUUUCACAAGCUGACCGGAGGCCAUGAAGCUCUCUGA